GUGACCGCGGGGGUCUGUGAAUGGUCGCGUUCCACGACACCGCUGCAUCGUGACUCUGGGACGUGGACGCUUCAGGAACUCCAUGGUGCAACUCGAUCUGUGGUAUUGCGUCUAGAACACAUACCUUCAACACCGGAAACAAUCGCACCCCACUUCACGGUCCAAGAUCGCUGUCAAGGUACAAGUCAACAUCUGCUGCUUUGCAGCAAGACGCUCCAGACGUCCUCCAACACAACAUGGCGAGCACUAGCUCCGGCAUGGGCUUUUGCACGCCCGGCACCGACUCUUGCACGCCCGGCACCGACUCUUGCACGCCCGGCACCGACUCUUGCACGCCCGGCACCGACUCUUGCACGCCCGGCACCGACUUUUGCACGCUCGGCAUGUUCAUCAUCGACGAGAUCGAGUUCGCGCCGCCGAAGCCACCGGUCACAGACAUCGUCGGCGGUGGCGGAUCCUACUCCGCACUGGGGGCGCGCAUCUUCUCCCCGUCUCCGCUGUCGAGGAGCGUUGGCUGGAUCGUCGACUGCGGGUCUGACUUCCCCGCGCAGCUGAGAGACUUCAUUGCGUCGUGGGACAGCGGAGUGCUGGUCCGCGAGACACCUGACCGGUUGACGACUCGCGGGUGGAACGGGUACGGAGAGAAUGAGCACAGGGCAUUCCGGUACUUGACGCCAAAGCUGCGAAUAUCACACGAGGAUUUGAAGGAUACACAUCUGCUGUGGGCCAAGUCGUUCCACCUCAUCUGCUCGCCCACACGGUGCACAGAGCUGGUCAAAAACAUCCUCGCGUUGCGGGUCACGGCUUCUCCUGCAGCCGAGCGACCAGUCUUCAUCUGGGAGCCGGUGCCGGAUCUUUGCGUGCCUGCCGAGUGGGACAAUUGCCUCGAGGCACUACAGUGCGUGGACGUCGUGAGCCCGAAUCACGGCGAGCUCGGCGGCUUUUUUGGACAGUGUACCGAUGGGCCGGAGCACGUCGACUACCGCCUGAUCGAGUCGCUGUGCGAUCAAUGGCUCGAGAGCGGCAUCGGGCCCAGCGGCAGUGGUGGCAUCGUUCUGCGGAGCGGGAAAGACGGGUGUCUAGUUGCGCGUCGCGGCCUGCGCAGGUGGAUGCCUGCGUACCACCAGAACGGCGAGAAGGUAGUCGACCCAACUGGCGGCGGCAACGCGUUCCUGGGCGGGUUAGCAGUCGGGUCAGUGCGAAGCGGGGGUGUGGCGGCGCUCGAGGAAGCUGCCGCCUGGGGCUCGGUAUCAGCAAGCCUCGCCAUCGAGCAGGUCGGGAUGCCGGUGCUGGCUCAGAGCGCCCAAGGCGAGAGAUGGAACGGCGUUUGCGUCGAAGAAAGACUCUCAGAGUUCAAACAGAGGCUGGAUAGAUAUGUACAGCCGUAAACCUCCCUGCUGCUUAGUGAUCCCACGCGCGCUCUCCGCCCUCCUAUUGCCCCUGCUGCUGCUGCUGCUGCUGCUGCUUCAGCUUCGCCUCGUGCUCGCGAAUCUCUCUGCUCCAGUAUCGGCUGGGGAAGAAGCGGCCCUGCUCCGGCAUCUUGUCGCGGUGCUCGCGCUGUGCGGAAACAGACCAGGCCAUGCCGACGAUGCUGGCGAGGACGAGGCCGACGACGGCCGUGUUGCCCUUCCAGUUGCCGGGCUGCGCGUACCAACCACCGGCCGGCGACCAGACGUGCUUGGGGUAC